AUGGGAUCAAAGACCCCCGAAGAAUACCAGCAGAUUCCGGAUGGCUCCAACUCCAACGGGCUCAAGCCGACCAAUCCUGAUCCAGAAGUCUCUCAACGAGGCUCCAGCUUUGCCGAUUUGGAUCGUGGGAUUGUCAGUGAUGAGGAUGAUGAUGAUGCAAACCAAGAGGCCGGGAUGAACCCCUCCGUUUCUAAUGCUGAAAAGAAGAAGAAACGCAAAAGAUCCAAGAAGAAGAAGAAGUCCAAAACCGGAACUCCUCCGGCAAUGGAGCUCAAGCAAACGAGCCCACCACGUGUGCGGAUCUCACGUCUCUUCCCAUCUGGGUAUCCCGCAGGAGAAUUCGUACCGUACGACAAUCUGUCUCGCACUACAGAUGAAGAGUCGCGUUACAAUUCUCGUCUCUGGGACGAAGGUUUUCUCACCGAUUAUCGCCAGGCAGCCGAGAUUCAUCGUCAGGUUCGCCAGUAUGCCCAAAAAGAGCUCAUUUAUCCCGGAGCAAGUCUUUUGACUAUAGCUGAGGGUAUUGAGGAUGGAAUUCGUGCACUCUCUGGCCAUCAGGGACUUGAAGUUGGUGAUAGCUUGAAAGCGAGCAUGGGAUUUCCUACUGGGCUGUGCUUAAACAACAUUGCGGCCCAUUGGACACCGAAUCCUGGCGGAAAAGAUGUUAUUUUGCAGAAGAGUGAUGUCUUGAAAGUGGAUUUUGGUGUGCAUGUCAAUGGACGCAUUGUCGACUCCGCUUUCACAGUUGCAUUUGACCCCACAUACGACCCUCUUCUUGCUGCUGUAAGAGCGGCAACCAACACUGGCAUUACGCAUGCUGGCGUUGAUGCAAGAAUGAGUGAGAUCGGCGCUGCGAUCCAGGAGGUGAUGGAAAGCUAUGAAGUCGAAAUUGCCGGAAAGGUCUUUCCUGUGAAAGCUGUGCGAAACAUUACAGGCCAUGAUAUUCUCCGGUACCAUAUUCAUGGCGGUAAACAAAUUCCCUUUGUCAAAAAUAAGAAUCGAGACAAGAUGGAGGAGGGAGAAGUGUUUGCUAUUGAGACUUUUGGAACUACUGGUAAAGGCUACUUGGACGACGAUGUGGGAAAUUAUGGCUAUGGGCGACAGGACGAUGUCAGUGCUGCUAACCUGCAUCUUUCCUCCGCAAAGUCUCUUCUCAGAACCAUCGACGCCAAUUUUGGGACCAUAGUUUUCUGCCGUCGAUAUCUUGAGCGUCUGGGAGUGAAAAACUAUCUUCUCGGAUUGAGAAAUUUGAUUGAUAAUGGAAUCGUCCAGUCUUAUGGGCCACUUGUUGACGUGAAGGGUUCAUAUGUUGCACAAUUUGAACAUACGGUUCUACUCCACAGUGGUGGAAAAGAGGUGAUUAGUCGAGGUGACGACUAUUAG